AUGGAGCCCGCUCGCCAAGGGCGGGAGAAGUGCAGGUACGACGGUGACACCAGGCUCGUGGCCGGCUGCCUGCCGGUCACCCCGGACGGCAGGCUCGUGCUCAUCGGGAGCGUCAAGCACACGGACUGGAUACUGCCCAAGGGCGGGUGGGACACGGACGAGACCGCCGCGGAGGCCGCCGUCAGGGAGGCCUACGAGGAGGCCGGGGUGAAAGGGUUGGUGACCGCCGACUUGGGCCCACACGAGAUCGUCAGCAGCCGAGGCAACAAGAGCCGGGCUGCGAUGUUCGCUCUGCUGGUGUCGGACGUCUUGGACGAGUGGCCGGAGAAGCACAGGAGACGGAAAGUGGAUAGGGAGAGGCGGGUUUUGGCGGGACCGGAGAGAUGCAGGUGUAACACCUCGCUGAGCGUAUCGCAACCCCCGGAAGAACGUGGUGACGAGUCUGAUCUAACAAGAGAGUGGUGA